AUGACGAACUUGUACAUAACGACGGUUUCUUUUUACCAUCGUCUCCAUUCUUUACUACGUCGAUUUUUUAAGGAAUCGUCAUUUGGAGUUAAAUACCACAGCGGUUUGUAUGGUUUACUUACUACGGAUUUCUCAAAGCUAGACUUGCCACCUCCUCUAUUAGCCUUAUGUCAAUAUGCCGAGACGAAGUUGGAGGCUUUGAACAAAACCAUGGGAAUUAAAAUGCCAGGGGAAGUUUUUGGGUGGGCUUUUUUCUUCUGGCAGUUGCAAAUAGGCUGGGCCGCCGUAAAAAGGAAAUUUCUGAAAUUGCCCCAUGUGUCUGAGUUCCAAAAUAAAGCCCCAAAAGCGCUUCGAAAGGGCAGUAGAGCCUUAGGAAGCGUUGAUUUCUCAAAGCUAGACUUGCCACCUCCUCUAUUAGCCUUAUGUCAAUAUGCCGAGACGAAGUUGGAGGCUUUGAACAAAACCAUGGGAAUUAAAAUGCCAGGGGAAGUUUUUGGGUGUGAGCAUGAUACCUACAUCUUACAUGAAGAUAUUCUUCCUUUCUUUCCUCCUCUUUUCUAUGCCCAAGUCUGA